AUGUCCGUCGUUGGCACUCUUAGCACCUACAUGGCCGUGACCGACUCACGCGACAAGAUGAUCAAGGGCGCCGGGUGCUUCUUCAAGAUGUUGGCCGCCCUUUACGGCAACCCCAACUUCAUGAAGACAGGCGCGGCCAUGUCCGAUGCGCGCUGCUGGAUACGCAUGCUGUCGUGGCUCAGUAACGUGCAGAAGAUCAGUGACGCGAUGGAGAAGCGCAUCGUACAGCCCCGCGACGUUCUGUUUGUGCUGCGGGUGCUAUUUGACGGCAUAUUCAGCCUCCUCGACAACAUCGUCUUCGCCGGGCGUUUCUUCAACCCGAAUUCUCCAAGCCUGUCACAGAUGUCGUAUGUCUCGCGCGCGUCCCUCUUCUACGGCUAUGCCGUGGCUGUGGUGCUCGACAUGUAUGACCUCAUGCGGGAUCCGAAAAUGCCGAAGCGCGGUGACCGCUGCCUGGUGCUGACGCGCAACGCCUGCGAUAUGGUUUCAGCCAUCGGCAAUGUGUGCCCUGUGGACAUCGGCGCGGCCAAUGUCGCUGGACUGGGUCUCAUCAGCGCCAUUAUCGCGACCCGUGAACAGCUCCUGGCGGCAGCCACCAAAUCUGACGGCAAUACCAUCGGCGCUAUCCCAGCAAAUGCGGCUGCGCAGCAGCCGAAGAAGUGA